CAAACACAUUUAAUGUAUAAGACGUCGUAAGUGCAUUAGCCUAAUCCAUCCAACAAGGCUUGCGCUGCUCAACGCAUUUCAGUGAGCGCAUGGUGGAGGAGCAUAGCUGAAGAUGGAGCUGCACACACAAGACCUCCAAUCCUGUCUUUGACCAAAUUAAUAUACUGCCAAGCAUCUAAUUAUUUGGAGGACUUUGUUUGAGGACAAUGUUGAGAUUCAGUUUGCAAGUGUGGAUGUUAUUGUCACUUUAUGCAGGGACUUUCUCUGUUGAAGACAUCAACGGAUGUCAACAGCUGCCAUGCCAAAACGGUGGUGUUUGUGAGAGCCACAGCGGGGGGUUCAGAUGCCUUUGCUCCCAACAACGCCAAAACGGGCACCUUUAUGGAGGAGAAAACUGCUCAUCUGCACUUUCAGUGUGUGACGACAACCAAUGUGAGAAUGGGGGAGUAUGCUCCCCAUCACUUGUCAACGAUCCGCACACAUGCGUCUGCCCUGCCGGCUUCACGGGGCCUCGAUGCCAGACCCCCACCGUCUUCUCGUUGGAGUCCCGAGGCUUCAUGUACAUAGAGACUCAGCUCCUACACCAAGACGUUCCUCUUAAUGUGACAUUCAGCUUCAGGACAGCGAGACCGGUCGGCACCCUCUUGCAGCGCAGAGUGGACGACUUGCUCCUCAGCGUUGAGCUGAUGGAUGGGCACCUCGCCCUCCGCAGUCUCAGGGGUCAAGGCUCCCGCACACUGGUUCAGGAGCUGCCACAGUACUUGUCCGGCAAAGAGUGGCACACGGUGGAAGCAUCUCUGGGCGGCGUGGUCAGCCUCAUCCGGUUGCUCUGCACGGAAGGGAACUGCACCCGAGACCACAGCGCUAAAGUCCCGCUGCUCGAGCCGGCCUCGGCGCUCCCCGCGGCGGGAGCAGUUCGCCAAAGCCUCUUCAUAGGAGCAGCCGGUGGGAGCCGGGCUUCGGGCAGAGUGGCGGAUGAAGCAGACCACCCGCCUCCUUUCCUGGGCUGCUUCAGAGAUGUGUUUGUGGACUCCCAUCUGGUGUUGCCUGCUGUAUUAGCAGAAGCUUCAGACGUCCAUGAGAACAUCACCGUGGGGUGCAGCAACAAAGACAAGUGCGAUGAAGGUCCGUGUCACAACCGAGGGCGCUGUGUCAGCCUCGGCUGGAGGAGCUACAGGUGCGAGUGCCACAGGCCCUACGAGGGAACCAACUGUGAAGAUGAGUACAUGACAGCAAGGUUUGGAAAUAAAGACCUGGGGAGUUAUGCUGUCUUCUCAUUGGACGAUGACCCAUGUGAUGCCGUGACUAUAUCCAUGUUCAUUCGCACCAGACAAGCCAGCGGGCUUCUCCUCAUUCUGGCCAAUAGCACAAGCCAGUACCUCCGCCUGUGGCGGGAAGAGGGAAGGGUCAAAGUUCAAGUCAACAACUUUGAGACCCUCAUUGGUCAGGGUGCAGUCGAUGAUGGCCACUUCCAUUUGGUGACUGUAAAGCUGGAAGGAAUGGCAGCCAUGUUGAUCCAGUCAGCCCAGAGCUGGGGCUCCAUCCCCAUCAGGCCCAUCCAAACGCAUCCCGGGGACCUGGUCUUUGUUGGGGGGCUACCAGACGCGAGGGCCUCUGCCUCAUUUGGUGGCUACUUUAAGGGGUGCGUCCAGGAUCUGAGGAUAAACAGCAAGCCGCUGCCGUUCUUUCCCAUCGCAGCUCCAGUGGAAUCCUACAGCCUGGAGAACAUCGUCAACGUUGCACAGGGAUGCAGCAGCGAGGAUGCCUGCGCUGUCAACCCCUGCCUCAACGGGGGAGUCUGUUACUCCAUGUGGGACGAUUUCAUCUGUAACUGCCCCCCCAACACUGCAGGGCAGCGGUGCCAGGAGGUGAAAUGGUGUGAGCUGUCUCCCUGCCCCGCCAUGGCUGUUUGUCAGCCCCUCUCUCGGGGCUUUGAAUGUUUGUCCAAUGUGACAUUUAGUGUUGAAAGCAGUAUCUUGCACUACCAAACCAAGGGGCAGAUAAAGCGCGGCCUCAGCAGCGCCUCCCUCCGCUUCCGCACGAGACAGGCCUCUGCCACCUUAAUGCAUGCCCAGAAGGACUCCGACUACCUCACUGUCUCCCUCCUGAACGCUCAUGUGGUCGUGGAGCUCCAGUCAGGGGCCGGCAAGGGUUUCCACAAGGCAACAGUCCAGAGCAAGGGUCUAAUCAGCGACGGGGAGUGGCACACUUUGGCGCUCAGCAUGGAGAACCCGACGCUCUCAACUUCCAGGUGGAUCUUGGCUGUGGACGGAGGCGAGAAGGAGCGGAGCGAGUCCAAAACAGCUGCAGGCAACCUGGAUUUUAUUAGGGAGGGAGCAGACAUUUUCCUGGGAGGACUGAGCGUGGACACCGGGGUGAACCUAACCGGCUGUCUGGGCCCAGUGGAGAUCGGAGGCCUUGCCCUCCCUUUCUACUUGAACACUGAGUUGAAGCUCCCCAGGCCUCAGGAGGAGAAGCUUACGAGGACAAACGCCGACCGCCAGCCACGGCACGGCUGCUGGGGAGCCAGCGUGUGUGCGCCCAACCCUUGUAACAACGAGGGCGCGUGUGAGGACCUGUUUGACCUGCACCGCUGCACGUGUUCCUCUGAGUGGACGGGUCCACUCUGUCAACAUCCUACAGACACUUGCUUCUCCAGCCCUUGCGUCCACGGCCACUGCAUCAACCUGCGCGGGGCAUUCGAGUGUGCGUGUGAGCCGGGGUUCAGCGGGGAACGGUGCGAGGCGGAGGUGGAUAUCUGCGAAUACAGCAAAUGCAGCCGAGGCGCCUCGUGCCUCCGAGGUUUCAAUGGCUACGCGUGUCUCUGCCCUCAGAAUCUGACCGGAGAAUACUGCGAGAGGAAGAUUCCUGAAAUCCCAUGGUACAUUGAGACCAAGCCGUGUGAGAAGGAUGUGGAUGAAUGCGCCUCGGACCCAUGUAUGAACGGAGGCUUCUGCAUCAACUAUGUAAACCGUUUUGAGUGCGUGUGUGACAUGAAUUACUCAGGAGUACACUGCCAAAUGGACGUCAGUGACUUCUACCUGUACCUCUUCUUGGGACUGUGGCAGAACCUCUUCCAGCUGGUGUCCUACCUUGUGAUACGCCUCGACGAUGAGCCAGAAAUUGACUGGGGAUUCUACAUCAAUUAGGCCCCCGACUCAAGAAUGAUCAAAUUGGACUGAACUUGGUCAGCGCAGAGAUUGAAUUGGAGUACAUUUGAGCAAAUACAGUACCCAGCGUGAUCAGGAUCUAGUAUGAAAGUACAUCAGCCAAUCAGUGAUACUUUAUACUUAAGGAAGAACAGAGCCAGAUGAUCGAUCGGUCAAUUCAGGUUUAUUGCUCUCAAAAUGAAGUCAAACCCACAAAGGUCAGGAUUCUCAGGUAGAAAAGAGGCACACAUGCAUUACCUAAACAUUGUGCAAAACUAUAUUCCAUUAGCUCUAGUGUACUGACGAGGACUGUGUCUUGUGAACAGAUGUAUUUGCUAAUGAAUAUGAAUUGAUCAAUACAGUAUCUAUGGUUUCUACAUCAAAUAUUCCAUAAUGAAAACCACACACGCAUUAGAGACUGUCUUGUGCCUUAAGUUGCGACUUUUUAUAUAUCGAGUACAGCUUUCUUAUCAGUAUGUGUGAUUAACUGUUCGGGACACACUAAAUCCGGUAUAAUCUACUAGAUACAAAUAAAAUACCGGUCUAUUGCUAGGAAUUUGUGUUUUAACAAAUAUUUAUGUACCCUAGUAUGAAUUGAAAAGGCUAUUCUGUAUGCGUUGCUUACAGAAUUCGAUCUUUAAAUGAAAAUAUAAACAUGUUGUGUAAUUUUGCAAGUGAUUUUAUUUACAACUUCAUAAACAUAAUUCCAUUGUCCAA